AUGGGUCAUGAGGUGUUCAUUUUUGGGUGCAAGAUUAUGAUUAUCCUGAUGGAAUUACUGCGAAAGCACGUGGACCCAUCAAAAGAACGAGGUCCUUCAUCACGAGGAAAUCAACCCUCUUGGAAGGGGAGAUUACUAUCGGCCGCCUCAACAUUGGCUUCGUCGACUUCCUUUGCCCGCGAACCGUAG